AUGACCCUGCCCGGGGGCCCGACGGGCAUGGCGCAGCCGGGGGGCGCGGGGUCCUGCAGCCCUGGGCUGGAGCGGACCCCGCGCCGGAGCGUCGGAGAGCUGCGCCUGCUCUUCGAGGCGCGCUGCGCCGCGGUCGCUGCCGCCGCCGCCGCAGGGGAUCCUCGGGCCCGCGGGGCCAAGCGGCGUGGGGGACAGGUCCCCAACGGGCUUCCGCGGGCUGCCCCUGCCCGGGUGAUCCCGCAGCUGACCGUGACAGCCGAGGAGCCAGAUGUACCCCCGGCCAGCCCUGGGCCCCCGGAGCCAGAGGGUGACUGCCUCCCGGCAGUGGGCUCGCACUUGCAGCAGCCACGCCGCCUCUCCACCUCGUCGCUGUCUUCCACCGGCUCGUCGCUACUCGAGGAUUCGGAGGACGAUCUGCUGAGCGACAGCGAGAGCCGGAGCCGCGGCAACGUGCAGCUGGAAGCCAGCGAGGACGUGGGUCAGAAAAGCCACUGGCAGAAGAUUCGGACCAUGGUGAAUCUGCCGGUCAUGAGCCCUUUCAAGAAGCGCUACGCCUGGGUGCAGCUGGCAGGGCACACGGGGAGUUUCAAGGCGGCGGGCACGAGCGGGCUGAUCCUGAAGCGCAGCUCGGAGCCGGAGCGCUAUUGCCUGGCGCGCCUGAUGGCGGACGCGCUGCGUGGCUGUGUGCCGGCCUUCCACGGCGUAGUGGAGCGCGAUGGGGGCUACUUGCAGUUGCAGGACCUCCUCGACGGCUUCGAUGGGCCCUGCGUGCUUGACUGCAAGAUGGGCGUCAGGACUUACCUGGAGGAGGAACUAACCAAGGCCCGAGAGCGGCCCAAGCUGAGGAAGGACAUGUACAAGAAAAUGCUGGCCGUGGACCCAGAGGCGCCCACGGAGGAGGAGCACGCGCAGCGCGCGGUCACCAAACCGCGCUACAUGCAGUGGCGGGAGGGCAUCAGCUCCAGCACCACGCUCGGCUUCCGCAUCGAGGGCAUCAAGAAAGCCGAUGGCUCAUGCAGCACAGACUUCAAGACUACCCGAAGCCGGGAGCAGGUGACCCGCGUCUUUGAGGAGUUCAUGCAAGGAGAUGCGGAAGUGCUGAGGAGGUAUCUGAACCGCCUGCAGCAGAUCCGGGACACCCUGGAGGUCUCUGAGUUUUUUAGGAGGCACGAGGUGAUUGGCAGCUCACUCCUCUUCGUGCAUGAUCACUGCCAUCGCGCUGGUGUGUGGCUCAUCGAUUUUGGCAAGACUACACCACUCCCAGAUGGCCAGAUCCUGGACCACCGGCGGCCCUGGGAAGAGGGCAACCGCGAAGACGGCUAUUUGCUGGGGCUGGACAAUCUCAUUGGCAUCCUGGCCAGCCUGGCUGAGAGAUGA